CUAUAAGUACUGCUCGGAAACCCUACCUUCCUCACCACACCCAAAAGAUGGAGACACUCACAGCUCGAGGCAUCUCCAACAUUCCUUCACUCCGGCCGGGGAACCUCGCUCCCAGCCACCUUCAACCCAUCCAUUGUAGAAUUCGGCCUCAUUUCAUCCGCCAGCAGCUCGGCUUCAUGUCUGAUAUAGAUAUAUUUUUCUGUCAUGUUUUGGUUGAGCUUUCAAUGUUUUGGAUUUGGUGCGCUGUUAUUCUCUUUGGUUUGAGAUGCUGUCCCAAUUUAGUUGUGAGGUCAUCUUCAUCUGAGGGAACUUCAACGGAGACAACUCUAUAUGGAAAAGACGAACAAGAAGCUAAUGUUGGGAUUAUUGUGAAAGACACCCGACCCGAUAAUGAGAAAGAAGAUUAUGAUACAAACCAGCUAAAUGAAGGGUCGCAAGAAGGCGCUAUGGUUAACACGGAGUUGUUUAAGUUCCUCGAGAAAAUCGACCUUAAGUUUGACUAUCAAGAUACUUAUUCACUACUUGUUGUCGGUGGUGGUGGUGCUUUCGCACUCUGGCUAGCUGUUGCUGUUGUUGGAGCUGUUGAUUCUAUACCACUGUUGCCAAAAGUGUUGGAACUUAUCGGUCUUGGGUACACAAUCUGGUUCAGCUCUCGCUAUUUGAUUUUCAAGGAAAAUAGAGAUGAAUUGUUUUCCAAAGUACAACAGAUAAAGCAGGAGGUGCUUGGCUCAAAGGGCGACUAGUUCUGCUGAAGGCUGAGUAGGAUGAAGCUGUGAGAAAAACUAGGACUCUUGUUUAGUUGAAUCUUUCAAUGUACAAAGUAUAUGGUUAUGCAUAUGCACAACCAAGAUUUGUUAAAGAAUGUCUUAUUAUUGUCAAUGGAUUAUAAUAUGAUAUUGACAUCAGCAUAAUUGGUAUGUAUUGCUGUUACCUCAUCAACUAGGAUACUGAGAUUGUUGGUUAGCAAGUUAGGUAAAGUUUUAUAUUAUAUAAUAUAGUUAAUAAUUAAAUAGUGC